AUGGAGAAUUACCAGAAAAUUGAGAAAGUUGGCGAAGGAGCAUACGGUGUCGUUUACAAGGCUCGAGAGUUGAACUAUCCCAACCGCAUCGUUGCUCUAAAGAAGGUCCGACUCGAAGCCGAAGAUGAUGGCGUCCCUAGUACAGCCAUUCGAGAGAUCUCCCUUCUCAAAGAAAUGAAGGACCCGAAUGUUGUCCAGUUGUUGAAUAUUGUACAUUCCGAUAGUCUGAACCUCUAUCUCGUCAUGGAGUUCUUGGACUUGGACCUGAAGAAAUAUAUGGACGCCCUGCCUAUUAGCGAAGGUGGCCGGGGAAAACCUCUACCGAAUGGAUCGAGAAUAAGCCUCGGUUUAGAUAAAGCGAUGGUGAGAAAGUUCAUGGCACAACUGCUUGAGGGUGUCCGCUAUUGCCACAGUCAUCGUAUCCUACAUCGUGAUUUAAAGCCGCAGAACUUGCUGAUUGACAGGGAGGGUACCCUGAAAUUGGGUGACUUCGGACUGGCUCGGGCUUUCCGUAUUCCGCUGAGGAGGUAUACCCAUGAGGUUGUGACCCUAUGGUAUCGUUCCCCGGAAAUUCUCCUUGGUAGUCCCCGGUAUUCCACCGGCGUCGAUAUGUGGUCUGUGGGGGCUAUUUUUGCUGAGAUGUGUACUCGCAAGCCCCUCUUCCCUGCUGACUCGGAGAUUGAGGAAAUCUUCAUGAUAUUUCGCCUCCUUGGCACCCCUGACGAAGAGAGUUGGCCCGGUGUCACUGCGCUUCCCGACUACAAAAGCACGUUUCCUCAAUGGAAGCGGUCUGGCGCCCCUCUGGUACCCGGCCUGGAUAGUGCUGGCUGCGAGCUACUCGAGGCUCUUCUCCAGUACGACCCCGUGAAAAGGCUUUCCGCAAAGCAGGCGUGCCUCCAUCCUUACUUUCGCAAGGGGAGUUCGUACUACUCUGGACGCGCCCACUGA